CAGCACAUGGUUGUACCAAGGUCGUCUGGCAGUUCUAACAAAGAGAGGCAGAAGGACUUGCUAUGUCGUGUGAAGUACUGCAACAAGCUCCCAGAUAUUCCCUUUGACCCAAAGUUUCUAACAUAUCCUUUUGAUCCUCACCGUUUUGUAAAGUACAAGCACACAUCAUUAGAAGGAAACUACAAGCAUGAGCUCCACACUGAGGCUGAUCUUGGUUUGGAUAUAGAUCUUAUUUCAAUGGACUGUGAUAACGAUGCUGAGGUGUCUAAUUUCAAUGAAGUUGAUGAAAAACUGUUAGAGGAUGAAGUUGUUCCAGCCACAGAUCAAGUAAAAACCCAACGAAAAGGUCACAGAGUUUCUUGGCUUCGUCGCACUGAGUACAUUUCAUCAGAUUACAGACAAUUUCAAAAUCUCGGUCUUGGCACAGAGAACAAAGUUGGUCUUGGUGCCAAGAAAAGGCUGCUAAACAAAGAUAUUUACAAGGACAGAGAUUCUCAGAUUGAUGCCAUUGAAAACACAUUUGAAGCUGCUACCCACACAGUACCUAAUAGAAAGAAUGGUGUUUAUCCUGUUGAAAGUUGUCCCAUAUAUCCUGACUUUGAAUAUUGGAAGUAUCCUUUCUCACAAGUUGCAUUUGAUACAAAACCAACACCCAUUGGUUUUGAUGCAUGCGACCUUGUAAAUCUUGACAGCAAGAUGGACAAUGCUAUGAUAAGAGGUAUGGUAGAUGACGAAGGUAACCAGUUUGUCGUGUAUUUCCUUCCAACCAAUGAGACCAUGACAAAGCUAGACGGUGGAAACAAGGAUGAGAUUGAGAGUUUGGAAUACAAACUAGCUAGAGAGUACAACUGGACCGUCAACAAAGAUGAAGCCAGUAAAGGAUACGAAGAGAAGUUCUUCAUAGUGUGGCGUGAUGGUAACGUGUACUACAACGAGUUAGGUACACGAGUAAAGUUGGCUAAACGUAGAUACAAGGGAAAGAAAAGGAACAAGAUUAAGCUGGUCGUCAAACCUCGAGAACUGUUGGAUCCUGAGCUUCAACAAAUGGAAGUCAGAAUGAAAGCUCUGGAGAAAGCAGAGAUAGACGAAGAAGCAGAAGAAGAAGUAGAGGAGCAAGUAGCACCACCCGACAAAAAGGAAGAUGGGGAGAGUGACAACGAGUUUGGUAGUCCCAAGUUGUCCCCUGAUAACGAUAACAAUAACACUGAAACAGAAGAGAAAAGGAGUCCAGAAAAAGACAAGACACCCACCCCAUCAUCAGAAGAGGAAGAAGAAGAGGCGGAGGACGAAGCAAAGAACAUAUUCGGUAGUGACGAUGAUGACGAAGAGGAUCUUUGAGAAAACUCAGUUCCCGUUUUAUGGAAUGUUUCAGACAUGUUUCGGUGUGUAGAAGAACACAAUAUCACCAGGCAGAGACAGAAUUCAGUUGGACUGUGGAUUAUGAUUUGGUAUUAGGCAGCAGUGGAUGGUCAUGGUUGUGGAGCUUAAAAUUAUAAUGAAUUUGACGACAGCUUAUUAUGAACUUAUUUUAUUUUUAUUCAAUUUUGAUGUAAUAUUUAUUAAUGGUAGCAUUAAACCAUUGUUUUAACAAACGUCCUGAUUUCGAACUCUUUCAUCGC